UAAGGGAAUCUUCUGAGAAAUGAUUUUAUUGACUACAAAAGAUGGCCACCUCUGCAUAUUUGUCCACUGAGGAGACAACAAAUGCCAACAGAGCAUGUCGACUGAUCUUAGGUCCAUGCACGGAUGAACUUCGCGAUGUUUUACGACAUUUUGUUCCGCCACAAACUUUUCCAAAUGUCAUCAAACAAAAAGCUUGUUUUCUUCCUCGUUUAACGGGUCCACAGAGAGAUUUAAUUUUACCCAGAAACGGAACCUAUACUGGCAAUUAUGACGAUAUGGAUAUCUCUCUACUUUACUUAUUGCUAAGAAACAUGUGUGGUAUAACACCACAUUUAAAGGGUUGGGGUAAUGAUCCAGAUCCAACUGACUGCUCUCCCUCUGCUUGUAUUGAAACUAUUCGCUUGGCUAGAAAUCAGUGUUUUCAUUCUAUUUCUUCCCUCUCUAACACAGAGUUCAGUCGUAUCUGGUCUACCAUCAGAGCAGCAGUUGUUAAUUUAGACACCUUCCUCAAUAAUGGAUGUAAGUACGAGAGGGAAGUUGAUUUCCUAAGACAUGAAACCAUGGAUCCUCUACGUGACCAGCAUUACAAAGAGGAACUGAGAAAACAAGUAGAAGAAGAUCUGCAGACCAGAGAAAUGGUUACCAAUCUGAAACAGAAGUUUGAAGAAAAUGCUGAAAAAGGUGGAGAGGUUGAGAAAAAUGUGAAGAAGUUGAAUGGUAUGGUAUAA